AUGUCCCGCGACGAAGAAGCGACCCUGGCCGAUGAGAGAACUUCCGAGCUUGUUAUCCAUGGUUUGGAAGAUGUUCACGAGCCGAUAGACCCUCGCAUCAGCCCUUCCGAUAGACCCGCAAGCGAAGUUCUUGACGAGAGUUAUACCCACCAAUUCAGCGACUAUAUGCACCAUCGAGAUCACCAUCAUGCGCACGAUCAUCAUGACGAGAGCGAUCUUGAAGCGCAGAGAAGUAGCAUUGAGAAGCACCUUGCAAAGGUGGAGUCUCACCCAGAAUCCCAGACAAAACCCGAAGAAGAACCGCUCUACAUCGAGUUCGACAAGGGGGACAAGCGAGACCCUGUGAACUUCUGUGACAAAAGGAAAUGGAUGAUCACUCUUAGCGCUUGCUGGUUCUCAGUCUUGGUCGCCUCUUCUAGCGCCGCGUAUGCGCUUGGUUUUCCUUCCAUGAUGCGUGACCUGAAUUGUACCGAAUUUCAAGCUACCAUAGGACUCUCGUUGUAUGCACUGGGUUUUGGCAUCGUCCCUCUAGUGUCGGCGUCGUUCAGUGAGGAGUUUGGACGACAGCCGUUGUAUCUAUGGAGCGGUGUCGGUUUUGUGCUAAUGCAAAUCAUGACUGCUCUUGCCAAAAAUGUACAGACUGUAAUGAUUGGCCGCUUCCUGGCUGGUGCAUUUGGAUCUACAGGUUCCACUAUGGUUGGUGGUACCGUUGCUGACAUAUGGAUGCCCCAUCAGCGUGGAUUCGCGAUGUCCAUGUUCACGACAGCCGCAAUCGGUGCAAUUGGACUAGGUCCAGUAGCUUCAGGUUGGAUCGAGCAGAACCGUCAUCUUGAGUGGCGCUGGAUUCAAUGGAUUCAUGUCAUAUUCUCCGGUGUAUUCGUGCUUUUGAAUCUUACCUUAAUGAAAGAAACACGGGCGUCGGUGCUGCUCGUACGCCUGGCCAAGAAGAUGCGUAAGGAGACGGGCGAUCACCGCUACCGUGCCCGCGUGGAAGAUGAGCGUGCUAGCCUCACAACGCUCAUCUACAUCUCUUGCACUCGACCAAUUUAUCUGCUGAUUACGGAGCCGGUUGUCUUGAGCUUCACUCUUUGGAUAGGAUUUGUUUGGGGUAUUCUCUACACCAUGAUUGAGUCUAUCGGUCCCGUUUUCCAGAAACUCCAUGGGUUCAACUCCGGUGAAACAGGGACAGUUUUCUCUUGUCUGAUUCUCAGUUGUGUUCUGGGUGUCAUUGGCAACGUCUGGCAGGAACGACUGUACCUAAAAUAUGUCGAGAUGCGCGGACCGGAAGCUCGGUUGUUCGCCCCUUGUGUAGCGGCCAUUGUGUUCCCCGCUGGACUAUUCAUCUACGCAUGGUCAACAUACUCACAUGUUUAUUGGAUCUCUCUCUGCGUGGGGAUCGUGCUCAUUAUGUGGGCCCUCUGGGUCGUGUACCUGGCUGUGUUCACGUAUAUAGCGGACUGCUACGGUCCAUUCGCAUCUUCUGCGCUGGCAGGGCAAAGUCUAUUCCGUAAUCUGAUGGGCAUGGCCUUCCCGCUCUUCACGCAGCAGAUGUUCGCCCGCCUGACGUACCACUGGGCGAACACGCUGUUCGCCUUGAUCGCUGUCGUCCUGAUCCCGAUCCCCUACGUUCUGUUCUUCAAGGGGCCGGCCAUUCGUGCUCGCAGCAAGUUCGCGAAGCAGGUCAUGCAGGAGCUCAGCAAGCCGUGA